UAUAGGAGCGCGCCCGCAGCCUGCGCACGAGGGUAAAAUAAGUGCUGCUACGGUAGUCCUGCUGUGAGCUUUCUCUAGGCGACUGUCGCAGCACAUUCGCGGCUAGUUGACAACGAGGAAGCGACUUGAGGGGAUUGACUUCAGCAAGGGCAAUGAUCCCGGGAUGCUUCAUCGACUUGGCGUUGGUGCCCAUGCCGGGCUUGGCGGUGCUGUACGCGAUGCCCAAGGCGCUGAACGUGAUCGCGGCCACGACACCCAUGAUGCCGAAGAAGGUCGCGUUCGGCGGGCGCGUUCGGCAGCGCCAUGUUCGCCAUGUCCAGGCCGGCGCUGGCUCUCCCCGCUGCUGCUACUGCUCGUCUCGCAUCAAGGUGCGUAGCUACAAUUCCUGGACCUCGCAGCAGCAGGCGUCUUCUAAGCUUCAAAAUGGGCUCCCAGCCCAUAGCGCGCAGUUAUACCACCUCGAGGAUUGCCGAGCGGCCCACAGCGAGGAGUACGUCGGCACGGGAGGCGUUGCGCCAAGGUCUGUCGAACUGGCAUUUGAAUUUUGGUUCCAUGGCGGCGCCUUUGACUUUGAAGAGGACACAGACAGCUGAGGCGCAUGUGGCGCUGUUUGUCGAGAGGCCACGUACCAGGCAGAGCUGAACAACGGCGUCAAAGACCUGUCAGGGUCGAACUUUGGAGACGCCGACCAAAGGACGCAGAGGGCAUGGCCUCUCGUGUUUUCGAACACAUUUCGUGAUUUUUUACUCGUAUCUCUCCUUAUUGAAUAAAUGCGUAUGGCUAAAAAAAUGUGUGCUCUGCAGGUCUUUCCCAAGUGUACCAAUCGCACCAAGACGUUGUCGUAGUCAAAGCAUGCUCAAAAGUCAAAUGUCCCUGAAACCCCACAUCAAAACGGACGCUUCCGAUCAGGUGCUAGCUUGUAUAACAGACAUUUCUUUUCUAGAGUAGCGUGGCAUAUGAGACACGGUUCACGUUCCAUGUGCGUAUACCCACUCGCCAGCUGCAUGUUUACCUUUUGAAAAGUACGGAUUUAGUUCAAUUCGA